CAAACUAGCCUAGUGCUGGAGGGAGAGGGAGAGAGGGAGAGAGAGGGAGACAGAGCAAGUUAUGCUUACGUAGGGGGACAGAGAGAGAGAGAGGGAGAGAGUGAGUUCUGCUUGUGUAGAGGGAGGAGAAAAGAGAGGGAGAGAGAGAGAGAGAGAGGUAGAGAGAGAGAGAGGGGAGAGAGAGAAGGAGAAGAGAGAGAGAGGGGAGAGAGAGAAGGAGAAGAGAGAGAGGGAGAAGAGAGAGGGAGAAGGGAGGUAGAGAGCGAGCUCCAGUGUGCUUGCGUUGCGUAAUGAGACAGGUGUAAGGUGUGAGAGAGUACGGAAGCCUCGAGUCCCAAGCGCCCGGCGGAGCGGAGCGGAGCGGAGUCUCGCCUCGCAGGAACGGAACGGCGGAGGAGGAGAACGCAACACACCGCAGGAAAACAUAAACUCCACGGAAACAAACAGACGGACGCACACCCGCACACACACACACACGCACGGACACUAAAGGAAUACAGGACUACACUUUCGAGACGACUGUGGACAGAAAGAAGAGAAGGAGAGAGAGAGAGAGAGAGAGAGAGAGAGAGAGAGAGAGAGAGAGAGAGAGAGAGAGAGAGAGAGAGAGAGAGAUUGGGGAAAGACUGUCGCCAACUCUGUUUCCCAGAGUUUGGUGUGUGUGAGUGUGAGCGGCUGCCUGCCUGCCAGACUGCCUAACUGACGGACCGAGGGAGUGAGUGUGAGUUUGAGUGUGAGUGAGUGUGAGUGUGUGUUCAAGGUGUGUGUGUGAACAGGGGUGUAAGGAGAGUGUGUGCUUGUGUGUGUGUGUAUCUUUUCACACCCAUCACUGCUCCUGCUCCUUUCCACACAUACACACACACACACACACACACGCCUCCACCUAUCCAAACACACUCAUCCGUCCGUGUCAGUGUGUCUGUAUGUGAGUGUGUCUGUAUGUGAGUGUGUGAGCUUGACUGGAUUCUCUCCGCGUCUCUCCAUCCGCUCCGGCUGCUGCCACUUCUUCUUCCUCCGCGAUGGCCAAUGUCAGCCCCAUGUCGUCGGGCCCCCUCUCCCACCAGGUCUUCUUCCCGCCGGGCCCCGGGGGGGGGCCCUCUCCUGGUGGGGGGGGCCCCUCUCCCCCGGGCUCCGUCAUCAUGCAGCACCACGGGGGCGGCGGUAGCAGUAUCGGGGGCAUCGGCGGCACACCCCCAAUAUCCACCUCCGCAUCCGCCCCAAACAUGGCCGCCCUCUUGGGGACCGGCGUUGGGGGGACGGGAACACACAUGGGGGGGUUCCCCCACCCCCACCACCCCCACCACCCCCAUCCCCCUCCACUGAGGAUGGGGAUGACG